AUUAAGAAGCUCCAAACACUAUAUAAUUCUCACCUCUUUCCCAAUUUAUUUAUUUAUUUAACUUCGUUUUCAAAUUAAUUUAAGAGAAAAAAAAGAGAUUAUUUACUAGCUUUUUCCUCUGACCUCUUCCUAGCUUCAUUAUACCAUACCUCCGGCCACCGGAAAAAUAUAUACAUUCAGUAAAGAAUAGUAACAAGAGCCCGCUGAGAUCAAUGGAGACAGAGAGCGGUGACGUGGCGGCGGCGGCGGUGUGGGUGAAGGUGGGGGUGUUUGUGGCGGUACAAGCGCUCAUCUAUUUCAUUCUUUCCAAGUCGUCCGAUCUCUUUUCCGGCGGCAGCGGGACGCCGCCAAGAUCCGGAAGCUUCAAGAGGGCUCGCACCCUCAGCAUCCGCCGCAUCGUGGCCGCCUUUUCCGACUUUCCGGUCGGCGUGGACAGCUCACCGGUCUCUGCUGACGACUAAUCCCGUCAACCUUAUCUUAUCGCUUUUUAUAUUGUGUUAAUAAUAAUACGGAAUAUUCUUUGUACGUUUGGUUAUUAUCGUAUCAUUCUUAUUAUGUACAAUUGUUAGUCAAUCAAAAUAGAUACACAUUAUUUAUGAGAAUCUUUAUAUUUUUAGUUAAUAAUUGUCUUUUAUGAUU